UCCCCGGACCCAUUUCCCGGACGGACCCCAACAAGGUAUUUAGCAGCCCGCAGCAGCUGCUCAUUAAUCCUCGGUCCUCGCUCGGUAGCAUGAAAACCAUGUUGACCAUCAUCUCCAACGCUCUUUGUCGGAUCACUGGCAGGAAUGUGGGAGCCCAAACAGUGUCGGAGUUGCUGGUUGACCUGUCAGAGUACGUCAGUCUAACCUCGCCGUCGACACCCGACUUGGCAAAGACCCAGCGGCAACCACCCAAACCACCACCAGUCAGUACUAGAGCGCCUGUCGAACAGUUAGUUAGCCCCCAGAGCGACCCGCUAGAUGCACCAGGUGCCAGAGUUGUGGUGUCACGCUCCUUCGCUGACUUGACCACUCAGGCGACCUUUGACAUCAAGAAAUGCGACCUGCACCGUCUGGAGGAGGGUCCCCCGGUGACGGCGGAGCUCACUCGGGAGCAGGGUCUGCAGUAUUACCGCACCAUGCAGACUGUGAGACGCAUGGAGCUCAAAGCCGACCAGUUGUACAAGCAGAAGAUCAUCAGGGGCUUCUGUCACCUCUACGAUGGACAGGAAGCGUGUGCCGCAGGCAUCGAGGCAGCCAUCAACCCCUCUGAUCAUCUGAUCACAGCGUACCGCGCACACGGAUACACGUACACCCGCGGCGUGUCCGUCAAGGAGAUCCUGGCAGAGCUCACAGGUCGUAAAGGAGGCGUGGCCAAAGGCAAAGGAGGGUCAAUGCACAUGUACGCUCCACAUUUCUACGGAGGCAACGGCAUCGUGGGAGCGCAGGUUCCUCUGGGAGCAGGAAUCGCUCUGGCCUGUCAGUACCGGGGCAACAAUCAGGUCUGUGUCACGCUCUAUGGAGAUGGAGCCGCCAAUCAGGGGCAGAUCUUCGAGACGUUCAACAUGGCCUCCUUAUGGAAGCUGCCGUGUAUUUUCAUCUGCGAGAACAACAAGUACGGCAUGGGCACGUCGGUGGAGAGAGCUGCAGCCAGCACCGACUACUACAAGAGAGGAGACUUCAUACCAGGAAUCAGAGUGGAUGGGAUGGAUGUCCUGUGUGUCAGAGAGGCCACCAAGUUCGCUGCAGAUCACUGCAGGUCAGGAAAGGGUCCCAUUAUCAUGGAGCUGCAGACCUACCGCUACCAUGGGCACAGCAUGAGUGACCCUGGGGUCAGCUACCGCACUCGUGACGAGAUCCAGGAGGUUCGCAGUAAGAGCGACCCCAUCUCCAUGUUGAAAGAGCGCAUGCUCACCAACAACAUGGCGUCUGCCGAGGAGUUCAAGGAAAUUGACAUUGAGAUCAGAAAGAUGGUGGAGGACGCAGCUCAGUUCGCCACGUCAGACCCAGAGCCGCCGCUGGAGGAGCUCUGCAACCACAUCUUCUACAACAGCCCACCACUGGAGGUCCGCGGGACCCACCCCUGGUCCAAACUCAAGUCCAUCAGCUAGACCCUCACAAACAGUCCGACCUUCAGGGGAAGAACGUCCUCCCAGUGCUGAACAAGGCACUGCUCAGAAACGUUCAGCACCUCCUCCCUCCACCUUUUAGAUCUCAGCAUUCCGCACCUUAAUGGGACUAUGACCCGAAACCUCUGUGUUAUUUAUUUUCUGUUUUACAUAGAAAUAUUUAAGAUUUAUUGUUUGUUCUGAUCGGUCUGUGUUUUACCAUCAGAGUUUGACAGAUGUAUUUAGUGCACUGUGUGUACUUUUAAAGGUGACUACACAGGUUUUAAGUACUGCCGGACUAGUAUACGCACAAACGUUACGCUUUACAUUUUGAACUUUAGUUUUCUCAGUGUGGUAUAUCUGUUACAUAUUUCCUCUGUGUUUAUCCAGCGUCUUUAGCUUUUAAAUGUUCAGAAACAAAUCUAAUACUCUUAGUUUGUGAAAACAUGUUUUAAAAAAACACACAGGACAAGAAGAGCCAUGAGUUUCAAGAUUUAUGUAUUUUUUUGAGUUGAAGGAGUUUUAGGACAAUUAAGAUUGUUGAGCACUGAUGUCAGCCUGUAUUUCUCCUCUUAUAUGCACUACAAUAUAUUUUAUUCUUUCCAGUUUGCAGGACAUGAGUUGUAAGAGUCUGUUGUUUGACGACCUGAGUCUUUCCUCUGUGUAAAGAAAAGCACUUGAUGCCAGUAGAUGAUAUUUAUGUUACACUUUAUUUUGGGGGGAAUGUGACGGUUUAAAAACGAAGAAAAUGUAUAAUCUUUCUCGUUUCAAGUUCCUCACAGUGUGUAUUCUAACCAUGAACAGAUAUAAAGCUUUACUUGACCAUGUAUGAGUUUGAUGAACUGAAACACUGUCGACACUGUAAAAUAAACAGAGAAGGUGA